AUGUCUGGGGUUAUAAUGGCAACGGCCAGCUUGGACUGGGCAGCAGCGGCAAUCAGCCAACACCGUGCCGAAUAGCAGCUUUGCAAGGCAUUCGUGUACAGCGGAGUUAUAGAGAUCGCAGCCUGCCACUCCGCUCACACGUCAGCUGCCAAGACCCAGAGCGGCCAGGUGUACAUGUGGGGCCAGUGCCGUGGGCAGUCGGUGAUCCUCCCCCACCUCACUCACUUUGCCUGCACUGACGACGUCUUUGCUUGCUUCGCCACCCCUGCCGUCAUGUGGCGUCUCCUGUCAGUAGAGCCUGACGACCAUCUAACAGUAGCCCAGUCACUAAAGAAGGAAUUUGACAACCCUGAAACUGCAGACCUGAAGUUUCUAGUGGAUGGAAAAUACAUCCAUGUUCAUAAAGUUCUUCUCAAAAUUAGGUGUGAACAUUUUCGUUCCAUACUGAAUAAUGAUGAUGAAAUCAUAGAAAUGAGUGAAUUUUCUUACCCUGUUUACCGAGCCUUCCUGGAAUACCUGUACACAGACGACAUCAGGCUCCCUCCUGAAGAUGCAAUAGGACUGCUAGAUUUGGCAACACUGUAUAGAGAAAACAGACUGAAAAAGCUUUGCCAGCAAACGAUCAAACAAGGCAUUUGUGAAGAGAAUGCCAUUGCUCUUCUUUCCGCCGCUGUCAAGUACGAAGCUCAGGACCUGGAAGAAUUUUGCUUCAGAUUUUGCAUAAACCAUUUAACUGUUGUUACGCAAACUCAAGGCUUUGCAGAAAUGGACCACGACCUCCUGAAAAACUUCAUUAGCAAAGCAAGCAGAGUGGGAGCAUUCCGAAACUGAGGUCUGUCGACCAGCAAGCUGAAGAGCA